UCCUGCGUGCCCAGAGUCACGGUGCUGCUGUCAUGUAGCGCACUUUCUCACUGUCAGCAGCAGAACGUGGAGAGAUUUACCUGGACCUGUGCUGAACCAGUGAAAGGAAGCCCAGAGAUCAGUGUGAUGAUUGGGACAAUCACUGAGUGGUUUUGGUGGGACCGCUUCUGGCUGCCAGGCAACCUCACAUGGGAGGCUCUCGAAGACAAGGAUGGGCUUGUCUUUGCUAAAGCAUCUCACCUUUAUGUCACUGUACCUUAUGCUUUAAUCUUCCUUGUAGUCAGAUACCUGUUUGAAAGGUUAAUAGCUACACCGGCUGCAGCUUAUCUUGGGGUUACAGAGAAGACGAGACACAAGGUGGAGCAUAAUGCUAUUCUAGAACAUUACUUCACCACAAAGUCAAAAAACCCAGGACAGGUGGACAUAACCGGCCUGUCUAAAAAAUGCAGCUGGUCCAGCAGGCAGGUGGAGCGAUGGUUCAGGAGGAGACGGAACCAGGACCGACCUAGUGUUCUGAAAAAAUUCAGAGAGGCCAGUUGGCGAAUGGUGUUUUACCUGGCGUCGUUUAUUGGUGGCAUUAUAGCCCUGUAUGAUAAACCCUGGUUUUAUAAUUUGAGAGAAGUAUGGAAAGGCUAUCCCAAACAGUCCAUGCUGGACUCUCAGUACUGGUAUUAUAUUUUGGAGAUGAGCUUCUAUUUGUCGCUAGUGCUCAGCAUUACCUUUGAUGUCAAGCGAAAGGAUUUCAGAGAGCAGAUCAUCCACCACUGGGCCACGCUGACCCUUCUAUUUUUCUCCUGGGGUGCGAAUUACAUCAGAGUUGGGACACUCAUCCUGCUUGUUCAUGACGCCUCUGACAUUCUUUUGGAGUCUGCAAAGAUAUUGAACUACGCCAAGUGGGAAAGAACGUGCAAUGGCAUCUUUGUCGUAUUUGCUUUUGUUUUCAUGGUGACACGGAUCAUAAUCUUUCCAUUUUGGAUCAUUCACUGCACGUGGGUCUAUCCACCUGACCUUUACCCUCCAUUUAUUGGAUAUUACUUUUUUAACGUCAUGCUCGUCAUCCUGUUGAUGCUGCACAUAUUCUGGUGGUGUCUGAUUCUCCGCAUGGUGAAGAUGUUCCUCUUUGGAAGCUUGUUGACCAAAGACGAGAGAAGCGAUAAUGAAGAAGACGAGGAAGAAGACGGAGAAACAAGUAGGAUGGAAGACAAUGACGGACAUGUAAAAGUCACCAAUGGCUGUGGGAAUGGAGGCGGAGCUAAUCAUCACUGACGCCUCUUUUCUGGGGUCUCCGUGGAGUAACUGUGGAGGACCUUGAAGUGCACUCAGGAAAUGCAAGGAGCUCGUCUCCCACGCUGGAGUGUUCAAAAACAGACAUUAACCCUCGCUGACAGUAAAACAUAUUUUUAAUUUAUUGCCAUGCAGAAAAUAUUAUGUUAAAUCCUAUAAAAAAAGCUUUUUUCCACUUCUUUGGAGACAAGGCUUUGUGUGUUAUGGCCACUUUUCCAAAGCCAAACCUUUUUCCUUUUAUAAAUAAAAACAGUGUUUGUUAUGGCACAGGAUUACAUUGGUAAUCACAGUAAAUGCACCAACGGUAUAAAAAUAGCCUUGUACCACUCACGCCGUUGAAGCUCAGAGUUUACGUCACACUGACUGCCUUCGCCGUUUGCAUUUGUCAUCAAGGUCUCGUCUUUCACGCGCCAUUUGCCAUACUGGCGCAUUACAUCAAGACGAGUGUCUGUGAAGAUCUAAUGACAUGAAAUGUCAAGUCUCUGUUUUUUGUCGGUGAUUUAGAGAAAGAACAUUUAUAACCGCUCUCUUUUUUUACACUCUUUUUUUUGGCGUCAGGCUGCUACAGAUUAAAGUUGUCUACACUGGAAGUGUCGAAGCUUCAUGUCACCUAAUAAUGUUAAAUAACUACGAACAAUUCAGCCGUGGUAAAAAACCUUGAUUUUUUUGCAUAAAUACAUUGGAAUUUUGAAUUUAUAAUGUUAACAGUAUUGUGCAAGCAACAAUUAUAGAGCCAUGGCAAACCACAAGUAGAUUUGUUUGGUUAUAGCACCUCCAGUGGUGAUAUUAUAAAAAGUACUUAAAAAGCCAAAAGUGUGAUAACAGAU